UGAUCCAGUUUCACUUUCCGUUCAGAUGACAAGCGCUUAGAAGUAAGAUCGUCAUAAACUCAAAAUCAGGCAGGAAGCUACUCAUGUAACCCCCUUAUAUUUGCUUCCUCUGUGACCUGAAAGUGGACAAGUGGAGGAGACUUUGGACGCGGAGCUAACAGCAACAACUCAAACUCUUAAGGUUGGACACUAUUUAUAAGUUUCUGUUCGGCUUGUGAAGUGUGCGUCAUUCAUGCGUUACCUGGCGUCUGGGGGACAAUGAUGGCUUCUGAAAUUUCACCCAAAGGGAACAUAAAAGAAGCAGAGGCGCUGGCCCUCUCCUUGGGUGAAGCCAUCAGCAGUGGAGACUCUGAAGAGGCAGCUGAGCUGUGCAAGAAACUUUCCCAGCUCUCUGUUGAAGUGUCAGUCAACAUCAAGAGCCAUGUCUACCCUCAGGACUCCUUCAGAUUGAUGGUUGGUGUACAGGAUGCGGAGUCAGAAGACUAUAUCCCAGUAACCCUUAUUGUUUCCACUGGCAUGACAAUUGCAGAAGUAAAAGAUAAGAUCAGUCAGGACUUUGGGUUCCACCCUACACUCCAGCGCUGGGUAAUCGGUAAACGCUUGGCCCAAGAUCAAGAGACAUUAUAUAGCCACGGCAUCCGCAAGAGCGGAGAUCAGGCUUUCCUGUUUAUCCUCUCUGCCAAUGCAGCCCAGCUUACACGGCAGCAACACAAUCAGGAUCAGGAACAACAGCGCAUAGCUGGUAUUGUGGAAUCUUUGCCGUCAUUGCAGCUUUGCCCUAGAGGCGUAGGCAGUGGCGACAAAACAGUUCCUCCUCCUGUUCCUCCUAAAAACGUGACUCCUCCCAAACCUGCUCCUAAACCUCAGUUGGGCUGGGCCUGCACAAUGUGCACUUUUCUCAACAAACCAACACGCCCCGGCUGUGAGAUAUGUGGAGCGGAAAGACCUCAGGACUAUGAGGUACCAGAUGUCUAUCAGCCAGACCAGGACGAAGUCUUACGCAUUCAGCAAGAACAGCUGGCUUUACUGCAAUAUGAACAGGCUCAGCAGCUGGAACGUGAGCAGAACUAUUUGUACCUGUUGGCCACAGAUGACCACAACCUCAUCACUAACACCACAGAGACAGAUUGCCCCAUCUGUUUCUCUACUCUGGAGCCAGGGGAUGGGGUUGUACUCAGAGAAUGUCUGCACACCUUCUGCAGGGAGUGUCUUAAAGGGACAGUCAUAAACAGCCAGGAUGCGGAGGUAUCUUGUGCAGAUACGGAUUGCGAGAGCAAGUUAUUGGAUCGAGAAAUUAAAGAGCUGCUCACAGAGGAGGAGCACCAGCGAUUUUUGGAGCUGCGCUUGAGCAUUGCAGAGAGUCGCUCUGAGCACAGUUUUCACUGCCAGACCCCCAACUGUCGAGGGUGGUGCGUCUAUGAGGAUGAUGUCAACGAGUUCCCCUGCGACCUCUGCAAUGAGACCAAUUGCAUUCUCUGCCGAGCCAUCCACAAAGACAUGAAUUGCAAGGACUACCAGGACGACCUGCGCAUCCGAGCAGAGAACGAUGAAGCAGCUCAGAAGACAAAGCAGAUGCUGGAGAACAUGCUGCAGAAUGGAGAAGCCAUGAAAUGUCCACGGUGUGACAUCAUUGUCCAGAAAAAGGAUGGCUGCGAUUGGAUCUGUUGUCUGAUGUGCAAGACGGAAAUCUGCUGGGUCACCAAACAAGCCCGAUGGGGACCAAAAGGAGCUGGCGAUACAUCCGGUGGCUGUAAAUGUCGGGUCAACAAUCAACCUUGUCAUCCCAAUUGCCAAAACUGUCACUGAGGCAAACAAACUCAUAAGCUCAACAAUCCGCUCUAUCACUGUGAACUGUUUCGAUUGUAUUAAGAAUCUAAUGCAUUAAACUCUUGAACACAUUACAUUUUACACUCAUGUGUAAACCUUGAUAGCACAUUAGCCAAAAUAGGAGAAAAUGUAAUUUUUACAUCUAUCUACAACUAAAGAUGUCACACUGUCAACUCUAGGAAAAAAUACCUCAGAGUUCUUGUGAUAAAUCUGGUGAUAAAGUCAUGUUAUAUCUAAUCUCCAGGUUCUUUCAAUGCAGUCCCUUUGAUCAACUAGUGAGUUUGUGCUGUCUAACAAAACUAAAACAAAAAGCCAUAACACCUAAACACCUAAAAAGGCUUCAAUAUAUGAACCUCCCUUUAUGUUUCUCCAAGGUAAUUUGUAACUA